AUGAUUGAGGUUGUUUCCAACAACCAUCUGAAGAAGAAGGUCAGUAACACCAAUGACACCACUGGGAACCUUAAGAACCUGAUUGCAGCCCAAACUGGCACCUGUUGGAACAAGAUUGUCCUUAAGAAGUGGUACACAAUUUUUAAGGACCACAUGCCACUAGGGGACUAUAAAAUCCAUGAUGGAAUGAACUUGGACCUUUAUUACAAAUAG